CUCUCCCUACAAUGACACAAUUCUGAUAAAAUCUUUCAUCAAUGGCCGGAGGAACAGAAGCUUUUCCUGAUCUCGGAAAACAUUGCCAAUUCUCAGGUUGUCAUCAAUUAGAUUUUCUUCCUUUCAAAUGCCAAGCUUGCCGUAAGGUGUUUUGUUUGGAACAUAAAUCGUGCAAGUCUCACGAAUGUCCGAAACUGGAACAUAACAGCAGGAAGGUGAUUAUAUGCGAAAUCUGUUCGACUUCGAUCGAGAUAACAGGCAAAGAAGAUCAAGAGAAGAUGAUAUUGGAGAAACAUGAGAAAUCUGGGGAUUGCGAUCCAAGGAAGAAGAAGAAACCAACUUGCCCUGUUAGGAGGUGUAAGGAGACAUUGACAUUCUCUAACAGAACCGUUUGCAAGGCUUGCGGAUUGGAGGUUUGUUUGAAACACCGGUUUCCGGCCGAUCAUGCUUGCAAACAGGUUUCCUCCUCUGCACCAGCGGCGGCUAGAGGAGGUUGGAAUGACAAGUUCUUGGCAGCGUUUAAUCUGAGGAAUGGCAAAGAUUGUGGCAAAAGCGGGCGGUCUUCAUCAUCAACUACUCCAUCCUUAAAAGCCUAUUAGGACUUUCAUGGUUUUUCUCUUUUAUUUUCAUUAUUAAUGUAUCAAUUUAAUGAAAAGGAAUGAAUAUCUCCAUAGCUUUAAUCUUCUU